GACGGUUUGACCUUCAAGUGCUCAGUAACCUCCAAAAUGGACAAUGUCACUGGGUUGCUACUGUGGUUUUACAUCGCUCAUCAUUGAGAUUAGAUAUAUCUGACUAAUAGGAGCAAAAAAUCGAGAAAACACAAAUAACGUCGAAAAGUUGUGCUAACACUUAAAGCGUCGCACAAGUUACUGAAUCUCGAGAUGCCAUAAGAAUGCCGAUCAGCACACUUAAGGAUUCAGUACUUCAGCAACACAAAAAUGCUAGCAAAAAAACAGAAUAAAACAAGUCAUGCAUCACUGCUUACAAAGAUCGUAGAAAUGAUAGUUCCCGCUUAAUCCUGACUGAUUGACAAGUAGUUUGCCAAAAUUACGAACCGGAGUUGAGGUUAUUUCCAUUCUGUAUUUUUUUGUUGUUGCUAAUUUUUGCCGAUUGCGUUUAUUAUUGAAUGCAAGUGAAUAACAUGAACCUAAUGGACUCACACCUUGCUUCUUACUCUUCCCAAAAUAUAACUUAUUUAUAGGUUCGAUACAAACCUAAAGAGGGUUGAACGUUACGUUUCCGAAUGGUUUAUAAUGAAUAUACUCUUUUCAUAACGCCAGAUCACUACUUCAUAAAUGCAUUAGGGUCGAAAGCCUUCAUCAUAAUUGACAGAGUGUCACAAGAACUGAAAGUUGAAUUUGAAGAACCGGCCAUCCCAAGCGUAGCAAAAAAGCAUACAAUCUAUGGAAUAUGGGGGGUUGUACGUCUAGUUUCGGGGUUUUAUUUGAUAGUAAUUAAAGAACGUGAGCGAGUCGGUGAGAUAUUCGGGAACACUAUUCUAAAAAUAACCAAGAGCAUCAUAUUACCAUUUGCAAGGUCUUUACUUCAUUUGACAGAUAUUCAGAAUCAAGAUGAAUCUUUAUAUUGUCAAAUGCUUAAUAGUAUUCUGUCGUCAGAAGGCUUUUACUACUCGAGUACCUAUGACUUGAGUCACACAUUGCAACGUUUAUCGGAUACGGACCCAAAAUUCAAGGCAUCCAGUAUUUACGAGCGUGCAGAUACACGGUUUACGUGGAAUAAAUCUCUGUUGAAUGAAUGGGAAUCUAUGCUUAAUUCUACAUCAUCCUUCAAGCAUAAGCAAACAACCGGUUGGAAUCGCUUCGAUUACUGUGUACCUAUCAUUCAAGGAUAUGUUGGGAUAAUAUCAUAUCCAGAAAAUUUGUCUGACACUCUUAAGGGAAACCUCGUGUAUUCCCUCAUCUCUCGUCGUAGUAUACAUCGAACUGGAACAAGGUUCAACGCACGUGGAGUUGACGGGGAAGGAAACUGUGCGAAUACUGUAGAAACAGAACAAUUGGUCGAUAUUUCGGGGCAUAGAUUUUCUUUUGUUCAGCUUCGUGGUUCUGUGCCAAUAUAUUGGAGUCAACGACCGAACUUAAGAUAUAAACCAGCUGUUUUACUAGGUGGUAGUCAACUCUCUUCCAGUAUAACACACUCGGCUAACCUAACCGUUAAUGAGACUGAGAAGAAUUUGGAGGCAAUUCAAGCUAAUAUUGCACGCCAACAUUUUCAUAGUUUAAUAUACGAUUAUGGUUACGGACGACAAACAAUAAUAAAUUUAUUAGAUCAGAAAGGGAUGGAACGUAAUUUAGGACAUGCUUAUGCUAUGGCCGUUUCAGCUUUAGAUGAAAAAGAAGUCAAAUAUGAAAGUUUUGAUUUUCAUCAUGAAUGUGGUUCAACUCGUUGGGAUCGACUGGGUAUCUUGUUAGAACACCUUAUACCAGAAUUAUUGAGAUCAAAACAACUACAUAUAGAUAUGAAUAACUCUGCAACAAUUAUUACUCGUCAAACUGGAACAUUUCGUUCAAACUGUAUUGAUUGCUUGGACAGAACAAAUGUGAUCCAAUCUAUGCUUAGUUGGUGUGCAUUAGAACAAGCAAUGAUUGAAAUUGGUAUAUUGCAAGGUACAGUUUCUCGAACAGCCGAUGCUAGUACUACAUCACCUCUAUCUCAUUUGUGGCCAGGUUUUGGAUUUCGUUUUAAAUCGAUUUGGGCUAACAAUGCAGAUUACUGUUCUCUUCAAUAUACAGGUACACCAGCCUUGAAAACAGAUUUCACUAGAACAGGUAAAAGAACAUUCUAUGGUAUACUGAUGGAUGGUUAUUAUUCAAUAAUUCGUUAUUAUUUAAAUAAUUUCAACGAUGGCUUCCGUCAAGAUUCAAUGCAUUUACUUCUUGGCCAAUAUAAAGUGAUGGAUGUUAAUGGGAAUCUUAAGCCAUUACAUGGACCAGGUGGACCUCCUAGACGUCGCCUAAAAAAUUCUGAUUCUGAAUGGUUUACACAGUUUCUACCACUAGUAUUUAGUUUUACCUUAGCUAUGUCUGUAUUGUGUUGUAUCUUUCCUACAGCUCAUUGGACAGAGAAAGCAACUUACGUACUAUUCUGGGGUGGAGCUUCAGUUCUUUCUGCUUUAGCAAUAUUUGCCUACGGUGAUGAUUUUGUUGACCAUCCUCGAUUUUGUCCAGACUAAAGAGGAUUUUCCAAAUCAAUUCUUACGAUAAAACCCAUGAAUCCGUAAUAAUUUCGUUAAUUGAAGAAUGUAAUGCUUGCUCGAUAAAACUACAUAUUGACAAACAUCUUUGUAUUUUAAUAGGAAUAUAUGUUCGUUUGGUCGACUAACAAGGACAUAUCUUUUCUGUCUUCUUUCUUUCUUGUGCUAAAAAGGAAUCUUUUUAUGACUGUGACAACUUUGCUCAUUAUAUUAGCAGUGAUUACAAUGUCUUUCUUCUGGGUGUUUUCUUUUUCUCUUCAUAUUUCGAGUUAAGUUUGAUCUCGUGAAAUAUUUCGAAUUCUUAAACUAAUCAAAUCAUUGCCAUCUGAACUUGAAUAAACCAAUCCACCUUUAAAUUGUCACUGCCUAGAAAAUUGUACAAAAUUUCCGUUACUUUUUCAGCGGAUGUUUCAGUACGUAAGUGUGAAAACCUGCCUCGAUCAACAAUCCUCAUAAAAAUUAAUGAAUAGCAGACUUUUCACUGUCUAAUUAAUUGAUUCCAGUGUACCAUUGCAACUUCUUUGUAGUUAAAUGAAGAAGUAAGAUUGUCUUUCUACUGGAACCGGUAAAAAAACAUCUCGGUUGUCCGUAGCUCUUUAGUGUAGCAUCAAGAUCAUGAGAUAUAAACCGUGUCUGCAAUCCUACUUGGAGAACUGUUCGUUAUGUCUAGAAUAACACUUAGAUCGUGGAUCUCAAUAGUAGUUAAACAAGUAGUGUAACUUGUGUUUAAUAUUGCUUACUCUAAAUUGGAUAUCCCGAAGCUCUUUGGAAGCUAGUGUUAAAGAAUUCGAUAAGAAGCAGUUACCUAAAUAUAACGCCAGUAGGUUGCGCUGUACAAUGGAUUGGAUGCAGUCAGAUUAUGAGCUGAUGGAUGGUUCGUACCAGCUACCGAUCUUAGGCAAAAUGUCAUAGAUCGCCAGUGCAUACUUCUAAGGAGUGCCGAAGCAGUUCGAAAAAUUUAAUGCAUUCGCUUUAAAAGUUCAUUGACUGAGACCAGCCUAUGAUAAGCUGCACA